AUGACAUCGGUUGUAGGAGAAACCAAGAUGAAAGGAGAUACGAUUGGUCCGUGGAAGUUGGGUAAAACACUCGGUUUAGGUAGCACAGGUAAAGUUGAAUUAGCAUACAAUGAAACCACUUCCCAACAAGCAGCCAUCAAGAUAAUAUCGAAAUCUAUAUUUUCUCAAGGGACCGUUGGUGAAUCCUCGAUGGUCUCUAACUCGAGUCCCGAUGCAUUACCAUACGGUAUUGAGCGUGAAAUUAUUAUAAUGAAGUUACUUAGACAUCCGAAUGUGCUUUCUUUGUAUGAUGUAUGGGAAACCAAUUCCAAAUUAUACAUGAUUUUAGAAUAUGCAGAAAAGGGAGAGUUGUUCAAUUUACUAGUGGAACGUGGUCCUUUGCCUGAGAAGGAGGCAAUUCGAUUCUUCAGACAAAUAAUUAUAGGAAUUUCAUAUUGUCAUGCUUUGGGGAUUGUCCAUCGUGAUUUAAAGCCCGAGAAUUUAUUAUUGGAUCAUAAAUUAAAUAUCAAGAUUGCCGAUUUUGGUAUGGCAGCGUUAGAGACUAAGGACAAGAUGUUGGAGACUAGUUGUGGGUCCCCUCAUUAUGCAGCACCGGAGAUUGUUUCUGGUGUGCCCUACCAUGGGUUUCAAAGUGAUGUUUGGUCUUGUGGUGUUAUAUUAUUUGCAUUACUUACUGGUAGAUUACCGUUUGAUGAAGAAGAUGGGAAUAUUAGAAAUCUUUUGUUGAAAGUACAAAGCGGUGAAUAUGAGAUGCCUGAUGAUGAUGAGAUAUCUAAAGAAGCUCAAGAUUUAAUUGGGAGGAUUUUGACUGUUGAUCCUGAGCAAAGAAUCAAAACGAGGGAUAUUCUUAAGCAUCCGCUGUUACAGAAAUAUCCAAGUAUUAAAGAUUCGAGAAGUAUUAAGAAUUUACCAAGAGAAGAUACGUAUUUGUAUCCGUUGUCUGAGAAUAAUUCGAUAAUUGAUGACUCUAUUUUGCAGAAUUUAGUUGCUCUAUGGCAUGGUAGGGAUAAGGAUGACAUAGCUGGUAAAUUGAGAGAGUCUGGAGCCGAUGCUGAGAAAACAGUGUAUGCGUUGUUGUAUCGUUUUAAAGUGGAAGCAGAAAAGAUGAAUACAUGUAGUAGUCCACGAAGGAAGAAUAGGAUAUCAAUGAUAAGUGUUUCCUCUUCGCACAAGAGGCCUGUUUCUAUGAAGAAGAUUUCUACUGUGCAGAACAAUACCCCUCCUUCAAACAGACGAUUAUCAAUAAGUUUAUCUAGUACACAACGCAAGAGAAUGUCUGGUAUUCUUCAGCAUACCAAUUCGUCACCCACGCCGUCACGUACCAAACGAAUUUCUGUGAUUAAUAUCGACGAUUCGGAAAACAAAGCACCUCCUCCUGUGCCAAUGGAAAUGUUGGAAGAUUACAAAAACAAUAGCAAGAACGUGCGUCGUACGAUUAAGAAGAAGAAGAAGAAGAAGAAUAAUUAUAGAUUGACGUUGGUUAAUAAUAAACGUGUUUCUAUAACGACAAAAUUGUUGUCUACGUAUGCAAAAUUGUCUGAAGAUGAUAAUUGGGAAUACAUUGAAAGGGAGACUAAGAGGACCAGUUCUGAUUUUGCGACAUUGAUUGAUGAACUAUUUGAACAUGAGAAAUAUGAAAGGAUUCGAAAGGAGAAGGAAGAAUUGGAGCGUAAGGUCAGAGAGACAAGGGUGCGUGAACAACGUAGAGAGGAGGAGGAGCGUGCAGAGUUACAAAGGGAGCAGUUAAAAUUGCAACAGAAGAUUGAUGAGGAGAUUUCUAAAUUGAAGGAGGAUGCAUUGGAGAAAGAUAAUUUUAGGUCUGUGUCCGCUCCUAUUAAAGAGAACGAGGACGAGGACGAAAACGAGAAUGAAUUGCGUAACCGUCGUCAAUUUUCGUUACAAACAAGACCGGUAUCAAGAUUAGAUCCAGGUAUAUUGUAUUCUGCGCCAGCUGAGAUACCUAGCUACGAGCGUGUGGUGGUGAAUGAAAGUGGGAAUAAGAGUUCUGCCCAACAACAACGGAAGAUCUUGGAAACUAUUAGAAGGUCAAAGUUUUUAGGUUCGUCGUUUAAUAUUCAACAGGAGCUAGAGUUUUCACAGAGAAAUGUACUCGUACCAACCAAGGAGCAAGUUGUGGACGUUGAUGAAGUAAAACUUGAAGGUGGAUUGAGAAAGAUUUCUGAGGUCAAGAUUCCUCAGUUUACAAGAAAAUCAAGACAUUUCAGUGAUUCCAACAAAAGGUUGUCAGUGUUGUCGAUGUAUUCGACCAAGCAGUCGUACACGAAUCUUGGGCAUAUUUUGAAGGAUGGUACAGAGGAGAGUGAGCCUGCGAAGAAAACCCCUGAAUUAUUAUUUGAGAGUGGAAGAGAUGAUAGGUUGUAUGAGGUGUCAGAGGAGCCGGAGAUUCAAGAAGAAAAGGAAGAUAUUGAGACUGUCACUUUACCACAAUUACCACCGCUAAAACAGAGCGCAAACACAAACGCAAACGCAAACGAAACCGAAAUUAAUGGGCUUGCAAUCUUCCGUCCAAAGGAGAAUAUUGAGUUAGAAGACAUUACGAAGGAGGUUAAAGAGGUGAUUCCAUCGCAGGAUCAUGGAAAAGACAAACCUAUUGCUAUAAACAAUCCCAAACAGAGACUUGAGGUCAAACCAGAACGUCAAUUGGAUGAGAUCGCACCGAACAAGGUCGGCACAACCGAAAAGAAACGAAAUGUCUCGUUUUUCCGAAAGUUCUCCAAUAAUUCCGCCACAAUAAAAGGUUACGAUCACGAGAUAUAUGUUAACAUCGGUUCGCGACAGUUGUAUACUGGAUUGAGAAAGUUGUUAGAAGGAUGGACACAGUAUGGAUUAAAAGACGUGAGGUCAGACAAUACCGCAAUGAAGAUUACCGGGAAAUUAGCUAAUGACAAUAUACUUUCGUUAAGGUCUACACUGUUCGAACUACUGGUAGAGCCUAAGGGAUCCAAGUAUAGUCUGAUUGGGUUUACAAAAGUGCAAGGAUCUAGUAAAGUUGUGAGACGGUUAUUUACUGAAAUCGAAAAAGUAUUAAAUAAAGAGGGUGUUUUAUAA